AGGAGCGGUGAUCAGAUGGAUCCUCUGACAUCGCGUAAAAUGAAAAAUGGAAUUGAAAAAUGCCUCUAUACGACACAGUAGAGUGAAUAACUAUUUAACGCUAUAUUUUAAGUUACCCGUAGUCUUGCAGAAGUAAGUCUUGAAACUUUUGACUCCUGCUUCCCACAGACCUUCCAUAACGGGAGCGUUUGGAGGUUGAAAUGCCAGGAUAGGCCUUGAUGGAUAAACGAUGAGGUAACAUGUGCCUCAAUUGUAGCGAGGAAGUCUCGGGACCUUUUCUCGCCCACAAAGGUCCUUCCUUUGGCGGAAUAGAGACGGCCGCGAGCCUUGAGAAUGCUCCGAGAAAUUUCUCCGUGGUUUAGAGGUGACCUCUAAAUUAAUGGCCUUCGAACUUAACCACACGAAGACGCACACGUAUCUUUUGGUAACUCGACUGGCGCGACCUAAGUAGCUCUUGACAUUACUUUUACUUCUCAUGUCAGUAAGAUAAUUCCUCCACAAAGGCCAUAACUCACAGCAUGCGACUGAAAUUGGAAGACCGUCCCAGGAGGUUCCAUAAUGUCAUCGCACAAAUCAUUUUUCGAGAUCAAGGUCCGAAACCGCUUCGUAAGACGCAGGAGAAGACUUGUGACUGAAUUAGCCACGCAAGGCCAUGGCUAGAUCCGCCGGAUUGUACUCGGAACGCACAUGAGACUAAUGGCUGGAAUCUUUACUCAGAGCAAUUUUACUCACUCGAUUUGCUCCGAAGAUUGUCCAUUGACAUAAUGGCUUGUUCAACCAUGCCAACACAAUAGUGGAAUCAGUCCCGAGAAAAGUAUAUAUUCGACCAGCUUUAUCAGUUUAAUCUGUACCGUGCUCUUGCUGAAGCAUUUCUUGUACAAGUCAGCAGCCACUGCCCCACCCAAAAGAAGAAGCCCCUCGCGUGCCAUCCAAGCUGGCCAGCACAUCAAGAAAGAAGUCCCUUAAGGUGAAGAAGGGAAAUGCAAGUGACAGCAGGAGUGGAAGCGACAGCUGCAGUUCCGAUCCGGGUUCUGAACCAGACUGGGUCAAUCGUAAAAGUCGCGCGCAAAGCAGAAAUUAGGAAGUCUGGCAGCACACCCAGCACUAGCGUCUCCCUGCAACAACGUUCGAGUUAUGAUGCCGAUAAGGAGUCUUACUCAGCACUACGUAAUCAGCUAGUGGCGCAGAACAAAAUGCACCGUACUCUUCAACCCAAGGACGAGAAAUCUUACAGGAUAGUCAUUAAGGGACUCCACCAGCAGACUGAAAUGCAAUUCCCAAGGCUAUACUGUGAGAGACCUGCAUAAUCCCAUAAGCAGAAUAACCAAGGAACCCGUGGAAAUCUUUGCUAGCCUUGAACCAGUCAGCAACAACAAGGAGGUUUUCGUGAAAUGUGGAGGCGUUCAGGACUCGAAGGAGUGCGCAAAGAGUGAUGAGAAAACGUGGUGCCUUUACUGCCAAGAUCACCCUCCGUAAUACAGAGGAUGCACUGUCUUUAUUAUGACCAAGGGACAAGCUGCUCCCAAAGCCAGUCCUGUUGUGAGCAACAACAAACUGUCGUCGAUCCUAUUCUCAACCGACACCAACGGGACGAACUAAAAGCAACUCAGGAGUUGAAGACUUAUCCCAUACCCUCCCAACAAACCCCUAUUCAAAUAGAAAAUGUUCUCUCAAGUAACACAUCUGGUAGCCAUCCUAAAUAGUAAGCUAUGCAAAUACUGCUCCAAAUUGUCAUAUGGCAUGCAAACAGCCUGCGAAGGAGUUAGGCCGAAGUGGAGCACCACAUCAAGACGAAUAAAGUCGACAUAUUUCUCUCCUCGGAAACCCACUUCUGCCCCAAAUCCCAAUUUAACACCAGCGGAUACGACCUCAUCAAAGCGAACCACCCAUCAGGCAAUGGGUGCGGAAUUCAAAACACGGAGCUUCCAGCGUUCCAGGAGGAAUGUGCCAAAGUCAGGGUCUCCAGCCUGCAGGGAGAUAUAACGAUUGGAUCAGUCAACCUCCCUCCCAUUCAAUAUCAGAAAGGAACUUACGGGAGUUCUUUUAAUCCCUUUGAAGCCCGUUCAUAGCAGCAGGGGACUUUAAUGCUAAACACUCUUGAUGGGGUCCUCGCACUAACAACUAGUGUUGUGUCGUUCGUGAACGAACGAACUAAAUUGAACUAUUUACCAAACUGAACGAACGAACUAGGUCUUUUUUUAUAGUUCAAUAUAGUUCGUUUGUUUAAUUUAGUUCACUUAGUUUAAUAUAGUUCAUUUAGUUCAAUAUAGUUCACUUAGUUCACGUCGUUCAUUUUGAUCUCUUACCCUGAUCGUUCGUUCGAUAGGUCGGUCUGAGUUCACUUAGUUCGAUAGGUUGGUCUUAGUUCAUUUAGUUCGAAAGUUCGCUUAUCGAAUAAGCUGAUUAAUUUUCGAAUACAUUUAAAACUGCGGUUUACAAGUUUGUGCGUAUCUAUGGCUUCAAAACAAAAGCAUAGCAAAGCUUGGAAUUUCUUUGAUUCAGUGGAUGAGAAGAGUGCUAAAUGCAAAUACUGCAAAACUGUGCUUAGUGUGGCUGGUGGAUCGCAAGGAAACUUAUCGCGUCACCUUAAAAAUAAGCACCCAUCAGCUUUGGAGGAAACAAAGCGCCAAACCAAUAAAAGCCGACAGGAAACAAAUGUAAACAUAAUAUUUUGAUUUAUUCAUUUAAGUUGGCUUACUAAAUUCUUGAUUUCUUUUAACAUAAACAACUCAGAUAAUUGGACCCCAACAGCAAGUAAUAACUUGCUCAUUCAACGACCACCGGCUGCCAGGAAAGCUGAAAAAAUUGAUAGGCAACUAGUUCGUAUGAUGCAAAAGGUCAUCGUGCAUUGCGAAUUGUAGAGGAGCCUGAAAACCAUUCAUGGAGGUAACAGAAGAAAUAUCAGCAGAAAAGAAUGUAACCCUUUCAAAGAUUAUAGUUCUUGCUAUUUUGCUACAGAACUGUUUGAAUAACAAAACGCCUAAGGAUAAAUGCGUUGAAGCACUUGUUGCAGUUCUAAUAGCUGAGAUGAAUCGACUAUUUUGCAAGCUGGAAAGUAACGAACUCUACGCAGAGAGUAACAUUUUAGAUCCUCGAUUUAAAGGUCAAAAGAAGAAUACGAAAAAGCUGUUUGCAAUCUUAAGAGAAAAGUAACUCCAUGUCGUCUCAACAGCAAAAAUUAUGAAUUCGAAUCACCUGCGUUUGAAACUAAUUCAGCCAAUCAGAGUUCGGUUUGGUGUGAUUUGGACAGUGAUUUCAAGAACACGACUAAGGCUGCAAACACUUCCGGUUCUGCCGAGAAUGAGAUCGAAAAAUACCUAGGAGAGGAAUUUAUACCGAGGACUGCUGACCCUUUGGUUUGUUCGUUUGGUCAGUUCGUUGCGAACGCCUAUUUUCAAGUGCUGGGAAAAUCAUCCGAUAAAGACGGAUGCUACUAACCUAAUAAUGUGGAAAAUCUAAUGUUCCUUCAUCCUUCAUAGCAUUCCUUCAUUCCUUCAUAGCAACAUGUAGAUGGAUCACAGAAAUCAAAUUUAAGCAUUAAAAUUACUAUAUUAUCUGUUUGUAAGCUCUUUAGUAUUUCUUAUUAUUAUUAUGUGUUUUUUUUUACAUAAAUUGAAUAAAUAAUAUUAAUUUUCAAUGACAGCAUUGUAUGAAAUCAAUUGAUACCAUUUUUUUUUAAGCACCUUUAAGUAAGUUUAAAAAAUUAACGAUUGAACUAAAUGAACGACCUAGUUCAUUGAUUUUAUACGAACGCAGGAACUUAUUCUUUAAAUUGAACUAGGAUUACCCAACACUACUAACAACCCCAAAGGAAGAGCUCUCCAUGGAUUCCUGCAGCGCACUGGACUGCCACUCUACAGGCGAGCCCACUCAUUGGCCAACAGAUCCACCCAAGCCAACUGAUAUCCUGGACUUCGCCGUUUCAAAAAAAAACUAGUCAAGCAAAGAUUUACUUCUCUGUCCGAUCAGUGUGUAGUCAACCUAUUCCUCAACAUCCGGGUUCUCUGAAAAACCCCUCAAAGAAGACUUACCGGAAAACAAACGGAUGCCUCUAAGUUCACGUUCUGGAUACUUUUCUGCCUGAACCCCUGACCCUCUUCUCACAACACUCAGCGACAUAGACAAUUUAAUCGAAAAUCCAACCAAGGAGACGCCCAACGCUGCCAAGUUUGCAAAUCCGCCGUCCUCAUGGACCCCAAGAACUCCUGAAAUAUACCUUAAUCUCUGGUCUCUAGAAGUGGCGGCCAUUGCAUCAAUGGCCGAACGUGCACAAAACACGUUCAUCCCUUUUGAUAAAUGCAUGAUUGAUGAGCGUGGUGCAAAUCUUAAGUACAUCAACUGUCCAAGUGUUCCUGGUCCCCCGUUAGGACGUUUUUUUCGUAGUUUUUUAUGUUUUUCUUGUAUACUUGUAUAUUUGUAGUUUCGGGCUGAAUUCCAUUUUUUCAGCACGAAAUUAAUAUUUCGGAUUAUUAAUUUGAUUUUGAUUGGAAUUUUUUCUAGCACUUGCACUCAAAUCUAUUGGCCGGCUGCUUACAUUCAUUGUCAUUUUUAGUUUUAUUCCUGAAUAAGGUCAAUGAGGAAUUUAUGGGUUGACUGAAUCAGAUCGACUUUUAAUUUCUCAAAAUCUUUCAGCUUAACUUAGUGUACAAUUUAUGGCUGCUGCGAAACCCCUGCGUCGGCACUUUUGCCCGGAUAUCCCCUGCAGUACUCCGCAAUCCUGACUCUGCUGGUCGGUCUGGUGCUUGUUUAUGACGUCACUAGCUUGUUGCUCUGUGUCCGGGUUGAGUCUUUUAUAUCUGGGUCACUGCUCGUUGGUGCUUCGGGGGAGGUGAAGGCAUGCUUGUGCCGUCACCGAUAACUCACGCGAAUGUUUUAUUACUAACGGAAGGUCAUUACACAGAAGCUGAACAAAGUGGAUUUUUCGUGGGGCGCCGGAUAUGACUCGGUGAAAACAAGAAAGAUAAUUUUUAAAGAAAACCCGUUGCGUCAUUUAAAUAACUUAAAAUUCAAUUUAAAAGAUCAAUCGGGAAACCUGAUACCUCAAAUUUCCUUACCAAAAUCCUUACCAAAUCAUUAAUGCAGUUUCAGUAGAGGCUCGCACAAUGCUUCCGCACAGAAUAUGAUUCCGUCGCAGCCAGCGAUUCCGUCGGGACCUGGCGAAUAGACAGGCUUAACAGGCUGAAGAUCGUACAGCAGGUUCGGAAUGAGGAAACGAAGUUGUGUAUGUUGUUUGAAAAAGCUUGGCAAAUAGGUCGGUUGCCUGAUCCGAUGUUAUAGUAGUACAAUAGUAUUAUUUUCAAAAAAUAGCUAGAAAGGGUAGGAAAUUGUUUUACGCUGAGUGUUAACGAAAUUAAAAACUAUUUCGGAUCCUGUGCGAACUGGAAUCACAACGGCUUAAAUAGAGCUUGUGCAUUACCGUGCAAUUUAAACGAGCACUUAAAUAUUUAGAAAGGAUAGACUGAGUACCGGUAUUUUUAAAUUUUGUAUAAAGCCUGGACUUAACAUAUUUUAGGUGUGUCAACUCCCACACUAAAGCUAAAAAAUGAUUUAAUUGCGGUAUAAAAAAUAUUUAUGUCAUCUGCCAUUAUGUUGCAGGAGUAAAGAUGGGACCAAUUAAAUCCAGUUAUAAAAUUAUUUAGUAUCAGAAACUUUGCCUUGUGAAAACAAUGAAUUCGAAAGAAGUCUGGAUCUUCAAAUUGAGUAAGAGGUGCUACUCUGGACAGAAACACUUUUUCAGGAAUUAUUACAAUACAUACAUCUAAUAAUCGAACAAGAUAGUUUCGACAACGAUAAGUCGAGCAAGCCGUCAAUAAAGUCAUGUUGUGCUAAAGGGAGAAGGAGAUUUGAUUCUGGGGCGACGUUGCCAGGUAUAUUAAAAUCACCUAGAACUACCAAUUGGUCCCUGUCAGACAGUUUAUUUGAGAUGGAUUGGAUAGCGGACAGAUGAUUCAGAUAUUCUGGGAAUUCAGAAGAUGGCGGAAUAUACGAGCACGUAAUAUAAACUGAUGUGUCGGAAAAUGACAGCUUUACGCAUUUGAAUUCUGAGCUACGGGACUCGUCAAAACUCCUCCGACGCGAGGGUAGAUUUAACCGCAAUUAAGACGACGAUGGUCAUACCUAUAUAUUUUGGCCCAGCAUAUUGCAUUUCUGAAGUGCCUACUUGUGCCGGUAGUCCGGGCUCAAUGUUUCCUUGUGGUGCUAAACUAAUCGGGACAGGUGGAAUCACUGGUUGAGAAACCAGUGCACACUAUUCGGAAUCUUUAGCAAUCCCAGGGUUGCUCCGACUCUUUUUUUUUAGCUUCCGAUCUUAGCAACACUUGCGGAUUUGCUGCGAUUGAUAGCUGAUCAGUUGUGGAGUCCUGUUGAUCAUUUGCCCGUGGUUGCGGGGCGUUCGCCUUAGGCAGCCUACCACCAGCGGCUUUUUUGCGCUUUGAAGAUUUCUCUUAAACCUUAGGGCCAUUAAACUGUGAAUUUAGCGCGGAAAAAAGAUCAUUGGCAUUAGAUUUUGUUUGGGAGAGCAAAAGAGUGAGAGCAAGAGAAUAGGUGCACAGUGCAGUUUAUGUGCAUACAAAAACAACACCAAACAGCACUGCGAACAACGCACGAAAGGGAAAGUAAACAAAACACAAAGACGAAAAAUGCAAAUGAGUUAGUUUAUUUGUUUAAGCUACUGCACAAGGAAUCGCCCGCGAACGGAUCUUUAAUAAUUAUGUUUACAAUAUAUGAUAGUAAAAGAAAAUUAUUAAAAACCUCGACUGGUUUUACAAAUACGAAAUAUAAUUUGGAGCGCAAACAAAAACACGACCGUUCGCUUUGAAGCUAGGAAUAUGAGUUUUACCUGAUAUAAUUAUAUUAUUUCUGUCCUUUAUACUUUCAAUCUUAUAGAGACCCGUAUAUUUUGCAUAUGAUUUAUGAGCUACUUCAUUACUUAAUAAAACUUUAUCUUCUAUUGUUAUUUCUAUAUUUUUUGUUUUCAAGUCAUGGUUUUUCUUAUUAUAUUUUAUGAUCUUCAAGCUUUUGCAUUGAUCUUUUAUAUGCAAUUUCUAAUCUGAAUUUAGUUUCUUUCAUCAAUAAUAUGAAAUGGUUCUAUUUAAGGGUUGUACGGAAAUGUUUUGGUAAAUUGUUAGUUCUACCAAAUACUACUUCGUAUGGCCAAUAAUUAAAUGUCGUAGAAGCGUUAAAGCAGUAUACAAAGUAUUGAAGCUAAAUGCCCCAAUCAAUUUAAUCAACUGAUAGUGUCGCGGACCGGAUAAGUUGGCUAUCGAUAAGUAGUUAAGUAAUUUGUCACCGAUUGAGGGCACUCGAGCACAUUAAAUACUAAAUGUAUACAUUUUUAUAGCUAAUGUAAGUGGUCACAUCGAUUUAAAUAAGAAUUAAGCUACUUGGCGCGUCAGAUCAGUUCGUCUGACGAUACCAAGAGUGAGGGAAGAGAAACUGGGGUACGUAAAAUUCAGAAUAGAUAUAAGGUUAAAUUUGUAAUGCCUUUCAAACUGUAUUAUUUUCCUAUAGAAUAAAACGAUCUUCAUUUGUCUAAGCCAAUGAGCGUUUAAGGCAUUCCCUGGAUAUUGUCGGCGGCUCGACAUUUCUUUUAUUCGCAUAAAAAUAAAGAAUUCGCACCCUGUGAUUUUCAACAUGCCGGCGCUGAGGCGAAGGCCCAGACUAGAUCAGUUCACGACGAUCACAACCACACAAACUGGCACCCCGACCAGAUCUAUGAGUGUGGCUAGUGAUACACAGCAGCCUCAAAGUUCCAAAGAAAGUGAAUUACUUCGGUCAGGAACUAUCCAAGGCAAAGGCAAAUGAAGGGCAAAUAGAAACCGCAAGGAAUCCCGUUGGAAUCGGGUUGAGCGGUAACGGUAACGGUGCGGCGAAUACACCGCUAAGUAUGAGUGAAACGUCGUCAGCUAUGGGUGAAGCGACGACGCAGAUGUUGAGUGAAAAUCUGCAACGGGAACAAUUUGUGACGCCAUCUUUGAAUAAACCGUUGCUCGCACAAUUGAGUUCAAAUUUGCAGCCACAAUUGAGUGGAACUAGUGGGCAACAAGUCACACGGAAUAAUAACUGUACAACAGUGAGCCUAUCUCCGCCUUGCUACGAUACGGUCACGGUGCAGCCAACUAGGGUAUGUUAAUGCACUACGGGAGCCACAACGCAGCUUAGUGGUUACUGUGCCUGGGUCCUACGAGACAGCACCGGCGAGUAUACCAAAUGUAUGGACGCCUGGUAGAUUGCCGGAUCUUCCAGAGUUCGGAGGCCAGCCCGAGUAAUGGCCAAUAUUCCAGUACGCGUUUACGGAGACGACGGAGGCAUAUUAAAGUACAGCCUUGGGAACAAUCAAAGGCUAGUGAUGGCUUUGAAGGGUGAGGCACGAGUGGCAAUAAAGGCGUUGCUCAUCCACCCGAACAAUGUGCAAGAAGUUAUGGAGCAGCUUCGAUUUCGAUAUGGACGACCGGAGCAACUGAUUCGAAGUCGACUGGAGAGUGUGCGAGAUGUGCUGCCAAUUGGAUUGUGCCGUUUGCCAUAAGGGUGAGCAACCUUGCUGCGUUUUUGAAGUCAACGAAGAACGGCAUUCAGCAUUUAGGAAAUCCUACCCUUAUGCAGGAGCUGAUAGCUAAGUUGCCUAUAAGCAAGAGGUUGGACUGGGCGAAGCUUGCGGCUAUGAUAGAACCAUAUCCAGCAGUGGUGCAUCUUAGCGAAUGGCUACACGAGCCCGCUAAAUUGAUAUGCAUUGUCACGGAUGCUGAAAGUAAAGAUCCGAAGCGAAGGCUAUUGCACGCAAGCACAAGUCAUCAGGAUGAAAAGGAUACUGACUCACAAAUGUUGUCCAAUAUGUGAGGGGCAGCAUGGGAUCAAGUACUGCGAGGAAUUUAAUCACGCACUUCCGACAGCGAGAAUCGAGUUAGCAAGGAAGCAUAGGAUCUGCUUCGCGUGCUUGGAGAGUGGACACAUGGCCCGGUUCUGCAAGAAGGGCACCAAAUGCAGUGUCAACGGGUGCCAAAGAAGGCAUCACUACCUGCUGCACGAUAGAAUCGGGAAUUCCAGGCUACCACAGUCGAACGGCGGCCGCUUGAAGGAGCAUAGGAGCACUCGAGAUCAGGAGCUGCAAAGGGACACCAGCCAUCGCCGACGUAAUCCUUUUACGUCAACGGCUGCAACGCUAGAAGCGGGACAAGCUAAGGAUGGCCAGGAAUCGCCACACCGAAACCUUAGCUGCGUUGACCCGGAUGGAGAUCACCUGCUAUUGCGGAUUUUGCCCGUGGACAAAUACGCGCUGCUCGAUGAAGGAUCGUCCGUAACGCUUAUUGACGACGACAUCAUCCAGAGCCUGAACGUAAAGGGAGGGAGUCGACAGCUCAACGUGCAGCGGUUUGGUGGCAAAUCCGCCAGAGAGCACACAACGGUAGUUAGCCUGCAGAUAAGUGGCACGGGCAAAUCCAUGCGCCAUGACCUACGAAAUGUGUUCGCUGUAUCGAAUCUAAAUCUUUCGAUGCAAAGCUUGCGUCGGGAGGAUGUUAAGGCAAGAAAGGAAAAUGCACGCCUACCCGUUAAAUCAUACUUCGAUGCAACGCCAAGGAUCUUGAUCGGCUUAGAUCACGCACAUUUGGGUAUUCCACUGAGGGCCAGAAGCUUUGGAGCAGGAUGACCAUUUGCAGCCGCCACCAAACUUGGAUGUGUGGUGUACGGACCGGUAAAAGGGAGUACAAGUCCACCGGUAUCGAGAUCAUGCCUUUAGCCGUGUCACACGAUAAUCUUCUAGAGAAGAUGGUCAUCGAUUACUUCGAAACUGAGAAUUUCGGAGUAAAGACCGCACCGCCGGUCGCAGCUGGUGACGAUGUGCGAGCCUUAAGAAUUUUGGAGGACACGACGAACCGUGUAGGCCGACGAUACCAGACUGGUCUGCUAUGGAAAGACGACGAGGUGAGACUGCCAGACAGCUACAACAUGGCACUCAAGAGACUCGUUCAAAAUGAAGCGCGACGAGGUCUUCGCGCGGGCAUACAAAGGAAUUAUGGAUGAUUACAUCAAGAAGGGAUAUGCACGACGACUAGAGCCGUAGGGGAUAACCCACACCAACGGCGGCAAGGUAUGGUAAACCUGUAGGUUUUCCUCCAGUUCGGCAGAUGUGGUCAAAGCUCUGAACCCUCAAAGAUCCCACACGAAAGUUAUAUGGAGCGAAUCUGAGAAAAAAGUAUUGGGAAUGUACUGGCAGCCGGCUACGGAGGCCACCAUCGGCGAGAUUCGUCAUAACUACGUCAUAACUUUUGGAUAACAAACGUGAGGAGGCUACUACGGAAGGUGGUGGCUAACUGUAACGUAUGCAAGUUGCGGAAGGCACGACCGACACAACCGGAGAUGGGCCCAUUGCCGGAGGAUCGGAUUGAGGCAAAUGGAUGGCCAUUUAAGUUCACUGGCCUGGACUAUUUCGGACCAUUGCUUGUGUCGAUUGGUCGCCGAAAAGAGAAGAGGUGGGUGGCGCUAUUCACCUGCCUAACUACGAGAGCCGUCCACUUGGAGAUGGCUCAUGAUUUGUCAACGGAUUCAUGCAUCAUCGCUAUGAGAAACUUCAUGUGCCGCCGUGGACCGGUGGUUAGUAUAAGGAGCGACAAUGGCAAGAACUUCGUGGGAGCCGAUAAAGAGGCCAGACGAUUCAGCGAUGAAUUUGACCCAGUGAAGAUACAGGGCGAGUUGUCAUCUAAAGGAAUCGAAUGAAUCUUCAACUGCCCAUCAAAUCCAGCUGAGGGAGGUGUCUGGGAAAGGAUGGUCCAGUGCGUGAAGAAGGUUUUGGCGCAUACGAUGAAGGAACUUGCACCCAAGGAGCACGUGCUGGAGAACUUACUGAUCGAGGCGGAGAACAUAGUGAAUUCCCACCGGCUCACGCAUUUGCCGAUCACAGUGGACCAGGAGGCUCCACUGACACCGAACGACCUGUUGAAAGGAAUGCCCGACGUGCCAAAUAUUCCUGGAGAUGAUGAAUUGGCAUCUGAGAGAUGCACAAUAAGGAAACAGUGGCGUAUCUCUCAGAUGAUGAGAGAUCGGUUCUGGAAACGAUGGGUGCACGAGUACUUGCCCACACUUGUUCGCAGAGAGAAAUGGUGCCAGCAUGUUGAGCCCAUGCGUCGAGGAGACCUGGUAUACAUCUGCGAUCCGGCCAUACCACGCAGGGAGUGGAAAAGAGGCGUCGUUGAAGAGGUGUUCACCGGGAAAGAUGGAGUGCCACGGCGGGCUUCGGUGAGGACUAGCGACCGAGCCAAAUUAGUGCUGCGUCCCGCUUCGAAUUAAGCCGUUCUGGAUGUGGUGAAUGCUGUUCCUUCGCGGGGGAGGGGAUGUCGCGGAACGGAUAAGUUGGCUAUCGAUAAGUAGUUAAGUAAUUUGUCAUCGAUUGAGGGCACUCGGGCACAUUAAAUACUAAAUGUAU